CAAUUGUGAAAUUUCUCAGGAAUUGUUGCAAUCCGCCAAAAGUCAUCAUCAACCUGUAACUCAUGCAUUAAGGUUCACAUUUAAAGUUUAUACUUAAUUAUUUUUAAAACAUUUUACUUGUGAUUACGUAUUUAUUUUAUAGAUCGAGUAAGAUGGAAGCGAUGGGUUUGCCUCAAGGCUAUGAUGCCAGUGAGCCAGGAAAUAUCUUUGAGGCGCUUAGUACGGAUCCUGACAGGUUGAAACUUGAUGCUUUCUUGUACGGAAUUUCCCAUCAACAUCAUUUAGCACUAGAGCGCACCAGGCAAACGAAUACGGAAACUGCAGGCAAGAAAAUUGUGUCUGAAAUUCAUAAUUUCCUGGAAGAAGAUGUUGACUUGAAAGAUACGCACUUCAUGUGUAUUGCUGGGGCACUUAGUGCAUCGUUGGAGGUGUGGUGUCCUAAGAGAACUUGGAAUGGAGAAAAUGAGAGAGUUGCUUGUUUCGAUGGUAUAAGCAUUUACAAAAGAGAUUUGAAUAGACUAAAUGAUAACAGUUGGGUACUACUGUAA